GCUGUUGUCGUUGUUCGCUCUGUAUUUUGGUAUUUGUCAUGGUAUUGGAUUUCUCCAGAAUUGCAUACCCCACCUUCAAUAUAUGCAGUUAUGUUUAAAAAUAACAUUUGAAAAAACUGACAUCCAGUAGGACACACUCCUUUAUUUCCUUAUGCACUCACUAUGAAACUAUAGUGAGUGUAUGAACCGGUGAGGACAUGUACCUUUACUGCACCUCAGAAAGAGGAUGUCGUUGUUGCUGCGGGUAAGUAGACUUCCAUCUUCAGCCUUGUCAUUUUGUUCUUUUCUGGCCUUGAGUAUAUUUGCUGUCUGUUCUGGCAGGUAAUUCAGUCCACACACACAAAGUUAACAGAGGUCACUCUGUAAUCUGUUGCCUGGUUUUAAUGGACAGCAUUUUUAGGCUAGAUCCGUCAGCAGUUGUGAUCCUCUAUGAAUGGUUAUGAACUCAAAACAAAUCAAAGGACAUGUCAUCGUUUGGACUGUAUCGCACUUUAUUGAAAAUGUGUGCGAGCAUUUUAUUGUCAGAUAUAAAAACUUGAAAUUCUGAUCUUGAUCUUUACGCUGUAACUAAUGCUCUUGUUGCUGUAGCCAGUUCCCAAAAUCUUGUGGCGAGCCUUCCCAGAAGAGUGGAGGCUACUAUUGCAGAAGAUUGUAAUGCUUGGUUGUCCACAUACAUGCCAUGUAAUGUAUGUUGGACUAUUAUUUGGCACAGUUAGUUUGCAGAGAGUAGUGUCCCCGGUAGCCAAAAUGGCUCAACAGCUGUAUAAAUCCAGCAUGUCUGCAUGUUUGCCAGACUAAUGCAGGUCUUGUAAUAAAUUAAGUGCCAGAACACACAUCCUUCUGGGUCCUGAAACUGGCCAAAGCUAGCCAGAGUACAGCUAACUGUAGCUGAUUGUCAGUUCAAAUGUCAACAUGGAUGGCCUGUUGCGUUUUUAUCUUGUUAAUGGUGAAGGACAGCACCUUGUCUUGGAAGUGGUGAGCUUUUGGUAGUUGAAUCAUGCUGGGUCAAGAACCUUAAUGACUGAUGGAUAGGCAGCAUUUUUCUCCUUCCCUUUUAUGUGCUGCACAAAAUCGGUUACUUCAGGGUCUACUACUGUAAUCCCAUAAUGUGCACUGGGCUUCUAUAAUGUUACUGCAUAACAUUUUUAACUUUGGAGUCUGUGGCCACAGCUGGCUGGCUUUGAGAAUGCUCCUCAUUUUCUUAGUGGUGCGGUCUCUUGAAAAUAUAUAUAGAGCUCUGUUUCGCCAUCUGUACAUGGAGAGUUUGUGGACAGUUUUACAUUUACACAAGUCAGCUACCUUUGUCACCGACAAUCUUCUAUAUGAGUUUGACUUGAGACCUGUUUUUGCACGCUAGCUGAGUGUGUGCCCUCUGCUAGCGUCCUUUGAGUUAACACUAUGUUAUUCAUAAAUGUCACUCAUUCACCCAUUAUUAUAAUGGGCGGCACUUGCACAGAAUUAGGCGGUACAGGCCCACUUGUGCCCACAUGGCUGCCCCAAAACUUGUAGCCAAUUUUGGCAGCUAUAUAAAUCAUUCUGGAGCUUGAACAUCAAUGAGUGCCGCCAUCACUCACCAACAUCUCUGCGGUUCAACGAAGAGAAGGGUGUCAUGGAUACCCGUAGGUUGCAGAGGCUCACAGAAAAGCCGAUGCGCACACCAAAAGUUACCGUGUUGUGCAACCCUGCACAUCAAACAAGCUGAUUGUUUGAUCCAACAUGUUCCUUGCAUGUAUAAAAGAAACCACAAAAAUGUUUUAGAACCACGUCUGUGCACGUUUGCUAAUGUGCAGCCUGGGGAAGCAUGUUCCAGUUUUACCUGGUUGAAGAAUGUGGUAUACACUCAAAUACAGAAAAAUGGGCUUCUGUUUGUUCUGCAUGCCCAUACUUGAAGUGGACAUAACAAAUUUUUGCGACUACAUUUGGGAUUUUUUUUUUGGAUGGUAGGAAAAAUUAUUUUUCCUCUACUGUUGGUAAUGUAGGUAACAUCGACAUUUAGCUGCUUUUGUCAUAGGAUGUCACAGGAGGCCGAGGCCAUAAUGCCUCACCAGGCAUUACUUCUUUUGCAAAGUAAGUGUUUAUAUACCUUUAAAAUCAUCUUGGUCAACAUUUCUUUACCUGAAGACAUUCACACAGCAACACCAAAGAAUCAAGAGAUACAGAAGAUUGCAUCCCACGUUUGUUUCUGCUGAUGUAAGUAGAGCAGAAUUUAAGGACUGAAGUGUUCAAAGGUGAAACUUUGGAGAUCGUACAUAAAAUGGUUACUCAUUUGCAGCAGUCAGAUUUCUGAUGUCAGUAUGUGAACUGGAGAAUUCAACCCUUUUGCUGCAGCUACAGUAAAACAGUCUUUGCUUAUUACUAAACCUCUUGGCCUGUCAUAUGCAUGUAAUAUGGGGCCAUUCACUAAUAAGGCUUGAGGGAGAUGGUUGUGACAUCAAGUGCAUAUUGAGGCAAUUCAUUUUGCAAACACGCAAAAUGCAUUGUACAACUUAAGUUAGACCAUGUACUGUACAUAUAAUACUUUAUUACUAUAAAACUUCAAUUAAUAGCCUGGGCUUGUAUUUGCUUUAGUCACUGAAGUCAAACUGCCUAUAUUUGGGACAGGCUUCUAUAUGGGACAGGCCUUUAAUUCCAUUCUCACAAAACUCUUGCUCAGCAAAGAUGGGAAAUAUGGUAAAUAAUCAAGGAAUGGACACAUAUUCUGACUUUAUGACCACUUCAAAGGUAGGGAGUCACCACUUUUUUUGUUUCUCUUAUUUACCAUGCCAGUAAAUCUAAAUGAGUUAUACUUUGGUGCUCAUGGUUUCCGUAAAAUGAGCUGAACGAUUGUAUUGUGGAGAAUCUAACUGAUCUGACGAUGUCUAGUAUGUCCAUAUUGACAAAAGUUUAAACAUUUAUAUUUGUAUGUGCGAUCAAAGCAGCUUAGAACUAGCUCAAGCGGGCGACCCAAUGGGAUUCUAUAAAAACCAGAACCAGUGUCUAAUUGAGACCUGCGUUUAUUUGUCAAAACGUGGCUUUUAAUUGAAGUUUUACGGUAUCUUUAAAAAAAACAAACCUCUGUGUUGUUAUGUUUUCUUUUGCUAACUACCGGUGUUUGGAUUUCUCAGGGCUUGCUGUCAGACAGCACACCUUACCUGUGUUUGAGGACAUUGUACAAUAUCUGGAUUACAUGAAGCUUGAUGAGCCCAUCAUUGGUUUGAACUAUUUGGAUGAAGUGCCUUGUAAUGACCCACAGGCAGGCCCCAGAUAUACAUGUAGGCUAUGUCAUCAGACUGCAAACCUACAAGAAAUGGUCCGUCAUUUGAUUGGACGUAAACACCGGCAGAAAUAUGUGGAAUUGAAACGACCAGACUUGGUGACCUGGGAUAAACAGUCCAUAGUAACCCAAGGAGGAAAGAUAAUACGAGCCAGAGCAGUGAUAAUAGAGAGACAGGAUGGACGCGGAACUCCAUUGCUAAUGGCGAAAAAGGGGAUGGAGGGCAAAUUAAACAUCUCAAGAGUUCCCCCAAAGCAUAAGCAAAAUGGGGACCGAAAUAUCUCACAGAGUUUGACCCAACGAGAUAUGUCAUCACACCUACCAGAACUCAAUGACCAUAAGGAUAAGUACUCUCACCGAGGGAGGUAUCCCCCAAAUACACCUCAGUUCCAUUCAGAAGACCCUUACAUGUUGAACAGAGACAGACAGAUAUACCAACGGGAGGACUCACUCAGCCAUGACCGCAUGGAAGAGAAGCUGUGGAGGGCAAAUGAGAAGUACAGCCCAGAGUAUAUGGAUGCAGAUUAUCGUAGGUAUGAAGAGGAAUAUGUUGAAGAUCCACAAAGAAGAGCCGUACUUGGCCUUGGUGGUGUUCCCAGGUAUGAUUCAAGUGCGGAGAUGCCCCAUGGCCAGGCUCAGCAUGUAGAGUAUUACCCAGAAGAGGCUCCUCCUUACAGAAGGCCCUACCCAGAAAGAGAUCCGCUGAAGGAGUUCUACUCUGAGGAAGUAAGGCGUGGGCGAGUUCGUUCUGCUGAGAAUAAGCCCUCACAGCCGGUGUUCCCAGAAGGUGAUAACCACCGGUGGUCUCUGGACAGGGAAUCUGGUAGACAUGACAGUAUGAAUAUAGCAGGUAGGCAGGGUUCGAGUGAACCAGAGGCCAAGAGGAGGAGCUUUCCCACACCUAUAGAGAGUGACCGGUCGCGUGACCAUUUGUGUAAUAUGAUCAGAGAUUAUUGCCACGAAAUGAGAGAACCACAUCAAGAGGAGGCAGUUUCCAACCCCGGGCCAAGCAGAACAGGACCCCCCACUUCCCAGAGAGGAGUGGAAGUUACCAGGGCUAUAUCUGACAUCCCAGAGCCAUUCAGGCGCUUCCUGAAAGGGGCUGCUAAUGAUGAGGGACACGGUAAAAGAAAAAGAAAGAGUCGCUUCUCUGAUGCCACUGCAGAGGAGGUGGAAACGACAAAGGAGAUGUUCAGUGAUGAGCAUGGACCUCCAAAUCCAAAGUUUGGUGGUCAUCCUAGACCAGUUAGUGCACCUUUGAGACCUGAAAUCUAUGGAACACAACAUCCUGACCUCUACAUAGAAUCACAGAGUGCACAUCAUACUGAAAGCUACCAAAGAGGACGCUCUGAGUCAGAAGGUGUCUUUGAUAUGCUGAAAAACAUUGAAAUUGAGAAUGCAGAAGAGGCUGACUUCCUGAAGGACAAACUUUGCAACCUUCUGAAAGAAUUUAAGACCAAAAAAUCUGAGAAAGCUAGGCGAAAUAGCCAAGGUCGAGUUAUCUCCAAAGACUACAACAGCUUAAAGCCGGACCCAGAGCUGUCUCCAAGACGCCAGUAUGAGAAAAUCCUCAGAGAAGAUUCGGACCUUAGACGACCAGAAGACACGUACUUUAAAGAAGAUCACAGAGGAAGAGACUGGAAGCAGCAUGAGCAUAUACCUGAUGAGCGGCUCCAAGAAUACCACCAUCCUGUACGUGGGGAGCCCAGACACUCAAACAGAAGCCGUUAUGAAGAGGUUUUUGGGUGGCCCGAUAUGUCUCGGACACCACAUGCUACCCAUCCAGAUGAGCCAGCACGUUAUCCUGAAAGGUUUCAAGAACCCAUGCACCCUUGUGACUACCGACCUGCUGCUGAGGAGUUUUUGGACUCCCACUCUUCUGCACCUCCUCUCCACAUCGAACGAGGACCCAGAAUGGACAGGGGUCCUCGGUACUCCAACAACCUGGACAAAAUCACCUCCACCCUCCUGGAGCUUGUGGCAAGGAAAUAAUUGUCUGAUUUCCAUAGAAGUUCUGUAGACUAAAUAUCCAUACUUUUAAUUGAAUACUUUGGUUUGAAAACAUUAUGUGAUGUUACAUUUUCUUCUUCCAUGUUGUUUGAUUUUUUUGUUUAUUGGCUUUAGACAUUUGUGAAUAAUUUGGUGCAAGUAAAAACAUUCAAGUCUGAGUGUUUAUGUAAACAUUAAAACAUUUGUCUACUA